AUGAGUUCUCCCAUUCCUGAUACGCCGUCUGAUAGAGAUGGGGCUCGGUCCCGUAUGACUUCACCAGCUCGGGAGUACGAAAUGUUUGAAGAUGAAGGAGCCAUCUUGGGUGACAAUGCUGACGAAGAAGAGGAAGAUGGAGAGGAAUUGUUCAAUGAUAAUAUGGAAGCUGAUUACCGACCAAUGCCAGCGUUGGAUCGGUAUGAUGCCGAAGACCUAGAUGACGAGGAUUACGACGCCAUGUCUGUUGGAGAUCGAGUGGCCGCGGAACGGGAACUACAGAGACGGGAUAGAGAUGAAGGACGCAUACGGAGAGAUGAUAGGGACUUGUUAUAUGAUGAAUCCGAUGAAGACAGUAGUGACGCCCCUCGUGCUAAAAGACGUAGGGCUGCGGAGAAGGCUGCCGGGAUGGAGGAACCCGUGGAGGGGAUUGAAAGUAUAGAAAACCUCGAAGAUACUAAAGGAUACUCCACUAAGGAAUGGGUGUCAAUGUUGGGGCCUCGUACUGAGAUAGCUAAUAGGUUCAAGAAUUUCCUCCGCACCUACACAAACACUAAAGGCCAGUAUGUGUACAAAGAAAGAAUACGUAGAAUGUGCGAACACAAUCAGGCUUCAUUCCACGUGGAAUUCGAUGUAUUAGCGCGAAGAGAACAAGUUCUAGCAUACUUUUUGCCCGAAGCACCGUUUCAAAUGUUACAAAUAUUCGACGAAGUGGCCAAAGAGAUAGUACUACAGAUAUUCCCGAGCUACGAACGUGUGACAUCUGAGGUACAUGUGCGUAUUGCUGACCUUCCUCUCAUAGAAGAAUUGAGGACCUUCAGAAAGUUGCACUUGAACCAGUUGGUGCGCACCGUGGGCGUUAUAACGGCCACAACCGGGGUACUGCCACAACUAUCCGUGGUCAAAUAUGAUUGUAACCGAUGCGGUUACAUAUUGGGACCGUUCGUACAAUCACAGAAUUCAGAAGUCAAGCCCGGCUCUUGUCCGGAGUGUCAAAGCUCGGGGCCGUUUAUGGUUAAUAUGGAACAAACUGUAUAUAGAAACUAUCAGAAGGUCACAAUUCAGGAGUCACCUGGAAGGAUCCCAGCUGGUCGAAUACCGAGGAGCAAGGACUGUGUUCUGUUAGCUGACCUCUGUGAUAGAUGCAAACCAGGAGAUGAAGUAGACCUAACUGGGAUCUACACUAAUAAUUAUGAUGGAUCUCUCAAUACUGAACAGGGUUUCCCAGUAUUUGCAACUGUAAUUAUAGCAAACUACAUAGUAGUUAAGGACUGCAAGCACAUUGUUGAGUCUCUCACUGAUGACGAUGUUGCCAGUAUUCUAAAACUGUCCAAAGACCCACAAAUUGGGGAAAGAAUUGUACAGAGCAUAGCCCCGUCUAUAUACGGCUAUGAUUACAUCAAAAGAGGUUUGGCGCUCGCUUUGUUCGGCGGUGAACCUAAAAAUCCCGGCGAAAAACAUAAGUUAAGAGGUGACAUUAACGUUUUAAUAUGUGGAGAUCCAGGGACAGCUAAAUCGCAAUUCCUCAAAUAUACUGAAAAGAUUGCACCAAGAGCCGUAUUUACAACAGGUCAAGGAGCUAGCGCGGUUGGUCUCACAGCUUAUGUGAGAAAAAAUCCCACGACCAGGGAUUGGACAUUGGAGGCCGGGGCGUUGGUACUAGCUGACCGAGGAGUCUGUCUGAUAGAUGAGUUCGAUAAGAUGAAUGAUCAAGACCGUACAUCUAUACACGAGGCGAUGGAACAACAAUCUAUAUCUAUAUCUAAGGCUGGGAUUGUUACGUCGUUACAUGCUAGAUGUUCUAUAAUAGCCGCGGCCAAUCCCAUCGGCGGUCGUUACGACGCGUCGCUAACAUUCUCUGAGAACGUGAAUCUAUCUGAGCCUAUAUUAUCACGUUUCGACGUGUUGUGUGUUGUUAGAGACGAGGCUGAUCCUAUGCAGGACGCGCAUUUGGCUAAGUUCGUAGUAAGCUCUCAUAUAAGACAUCACCCCACUCAACGCGGUACUACCAUAGAAGAUACUACAGUUGACAACGAUUUCACAUUGCCACAGGAUUUAUUAAAGAAAUACAUUGUCUACUCACGGGAGAAUAUUCAUCCUAAACUCCAGAAUAUGGAUCAAGACAAAGUAGCGAAAAUGUACAGCCAACUACGACAAGAGUCCUUAGCCACAGGCAGUUUACCUAUCACUGUGAGACAUAUUGAAUCUGUAAUCCGCAUGUCCGAGGCUCAUGCAAGAAUGCAUCUAAGGGCGGCUGUAAACGAGCAAGACGUUAAUAUAGCCAUCAGAACCAUGUUAGAAAGCUUUGUGGCUACACAAAAGUACAGUGUGAUGCGAGCCAUGCGACAGACCUUCCAAAAAUACCUCUCAUACAAGAAAGAUAACAGCGAACUAUUAUACUACAUUCUACGACAACUUACUAUGGACCAGCUGGCAUAUAUGCGAGGCUUGCACAAUCACUCCCAAUCAACUAUAGAGAUAUCAGAACGAGAUUUAACAGAAAGAGCAAGACAAAUCAAUAUCACAGAUCUUAAACCUUUCUAUGAUAGUAGAAUAUUCAAAAUGAAUAACUUUAGUUAUGAUGCUAAACGGAAAGUCAUUGUUCACACUUUACCUGAAGUGCCAUCGGUUAAUUAA